CGCUUCCCAAUUGAGCCUGUUUUCGCCUCUUCUUUGACGUCCUCGGCUCAGCUCCGCCUCUCGCAGGGAGGCAGCGCAGCGCAGGUUAGGUUCGUAGGCACUAGCGGACCUUUUUCCGUAUCUCUGUCCCCUUCUUCCCGGCAUUCCUGUUUCCGCUUUCUCACGGCUCUUCGGUUUUUCCCCUUCUGAGGCGCUUCGCGCCUAGGGGUUCAGUGACGUCAUCUUUCUGCGCUGCGCGGACGCCCGCCGGUGGAAGAAGGAACAGCUCCGCCGCCCUUCGCUGCUUUUGUUGGGCUGCUGCUCCUCCGGAAUCAUGGCGCCGUCACUGUGGAAGGGGCUGGUGGGCGUCGGCCUCUUUGCUCUAGCCCACGCGGCCUUUUCCGCCGCACAGCAUCGUUCUUAUAUGCGAUUAACAGAAAAGGAAGAUGAAUCACUGCCAAUAGAUAUAGUUCUUCAGACACUUCUGGCCUUUGCAGUUACCUGUUAUGGUAUAGUUCAUAUUGCAGGGGAGUUUAAAGACAUGGAUGCCACUUCAGAACUAAAAAAUAAGACAUUUGACACAUUAAGGAAUCACCCAUCAUUUUAUGUAUUUAAUCAUCGUGGUCGAGUACUGUUCCGGCCUUCGGAUACAACAAAUUCUUCAAACCAAGAUGCAUUGUCCUCUAACACAUCAUUGAAGUUACGAAAACUUGAAUCACUGCGUCGUUAAGAUUUUUACAAAUUAUAGUAAUAGGACAGGACACAGAGCUGGAAUAUUGGAGUUUGGGGUAUGAAACACUCCCCAUCAGUAUUUAUAUUGAUCUUUCAGACCUAAUUAAAAAAGUCUAUGGCCCUUGUUUGUACACUGUUAAUCAAAUCAUUAAUGCAGUAUAAGUUAUCUGUGAAAUGAGUCUUUGGUCUUUCAUAGAAUUAUUUUUUUUCAUUUAAAACAAAUUCACAUCUUUUGUAAAAGUCACUGUUUUGAACACAUUUCUUUGAAAAAUGUUGAUGGUUUCGUAAUUAUUUAUUUUCUUAGAUUUCUUUUGCACUACAGUUUUUAGGAUUCUUUUGGAAAUAGUGUGACUACUGCAUUUUGCAGCAUGAAUGAUGGUAAAAUGGUCUUCAGUUCUUAAUAACAAAUGGACUUCUCUAAAGAGACCAAAAUGGUGAC